CUCGUCGAAAAGCCUCAUCAUGAGCGCGCCGCUUUCCCCUCUAUCGGAUGACGAGUACCACUACAGCGACGUGGAGGAAGAGUACCAGUACUCGGAGGAUGAAGAUGACAUGUCGUCUGUGCAGUCUGACGCCACUCCCAACCUAAAUGCGAAGAAACAACACGCUGCCCACUCGCUCUCCCCACUUGGCAGUGCCUCGGCCGCUAAAAAGAAACGUCUGAGCCCAAGUGGGCUGGGCCACGCUGGCAGUCACAAGCAGCAGGAGUACCAUGUCAUCGACGAGGAGGAGCUGCUGCAGGAGCAGCGUGCGCUCAUCAAUGAGAUCGCGCAGGUGCUAGAGAUACCAGGACCCGUGGCCUCGGUGCUGCUGCGCUACUUUGGCUGGAAUAAGGAAAAGCUGUUCGAGGAUUAUUACGCUGACCCAGUAACGACGAAGCACGAGGCAGGCGUCGAGUUCGCGGAGAAACCAGCGGCCGUCAUCCCCUCAGGGACCAAAGUGGACUGUGAUAUUUGUUGCGAUGGAUACCCGGCCAAUGAGAUCUUCGGAAUGGGCUGCGGCCACGUGUAUUGUCUCAACUGCUGGAAGCCUUAUCUGUCUCUUAAGAUCCAGGAAGGGCCGAUCUGCGUGACCACGACGUGCCCCGCGCACGGCUGCAAAGAGGUGGUGAGCGAUGUGAUCUUCAAGAAAAUUGUUGGACCAGAGGAUUACCGCAAGUAUGCACGCUAUCUGCUGCGAUCGUUCGUGGACAUUAACAAGGGCGUCAAGUGGUGUCCAUCGCCUGGUUGCAGCAAGGCCAUCACUAGUGCCGGUGGACUGUCGUCAGUGACAUGCACGUGUGGGUGCGUCUUCUGCCUUCGCUGCGGUGAAGAGGCCCACGCGCCUGUUACGUGCGAGCAGCUUGCAUCCUGGCAAGAAAAGUGCCGCAACGAGUCUGAGACCGCCAACUGGAUCUUGGCCAACACGAAGAAAUGCCCCAAGUGCUCUGUCCGUAUCGAGAAGAACCAGGGCUGCAACCACAUGACGUGCCGAAGUUGCACCUACGAGUUUUGCUGGAUUUGUAUGGAAGGAUGGGACAAACAUGGAUCUGGAACUGGUGGCUACUACAAAUGCAACCGUUACGAUGCAGACGCUCAAGCAGCUGACACGGAUGCGGCUCGAGCAAAGGCAGAACUUGACAGAUACCUUCACUACUACCAGCGAUUCGCCAACCACUCGGAAGCAGGAAAGUUUGCACAGCGGAUGCGUGAAGGCACCGAGAAUCGCAUGAUCGAACUCCAGGCAAGUCACGGAGAUUCGUCGUGGAUUGACGUGCAGUUUCUGAACGCAGCGACGGAGCAGCUGAUCGAGUGCCGACGAGUACUCAAGUACACGUACGUCUUUGGCUACUACCUACCAACUGGGAAGGAAAAGAAUCUGUUUGAGUACCUACAGGAGAAUUUGGAGAAGAACGCUGAACACUUGACUGGACUGUCGGAGAUGCCGCUAGACAAGAUGAACCGCUCGGAAAUCAUCAACUAUACGCGUGUGACGGAGACGUUCUUGCGCAACCUUCUCACGGGUGUCGAGGAUGGUCUGACGUCCAAUGCGCCGCUGGUGUAGGAUCUUCUUUUCCAAGACUAGCUGCUUGGUAUGCAAUUGCUUAUGCACGUACUUGCUUUUC